AUGAAGUCCGCAUUCGUUCUCCUCGCCGCUGUGGCAUCCGUCUCCGCCCACUCAACAUGGCAGGAACUGUGGGUUGGCACAACCGACCAGGCUGGCAAGUGCGUCCGUACUGUCAAGGACAACAGCCCCGUUGAGAGUUUGACCUCCGCCGAUAUGUUUUGCGGUCGUGGCCCAGCUACGCAGACUGGUGUUUGUGAAGUCGCCGCUGGCUCCUCCCUCACCGUAGAAAUGCACGCCCAACCUGGCGACCGCUCCUGCGCCAACCCCGCCAUCGGCGGCGCCCACUAUGGCCCCGUCCUGGUCUACAUGGCGAAGGUAGCCGACGCAACGACCGCAACGACCGGCUCCUUCUUCAAGGUCGCUGAGGACGGCUAUACCGGCACCACCGCCUCGUGGGGUACUGAGAUCCUCAAUGCCAACUGCGGCAAGCGCGCGUUCACUGUGCCCAAGAACAUCGCUGCGGGCAACUACCUUGUGCGUGCUGAGGCGAUUGCGCUCCAUGCUGGUGCGGGUAACCCGCAGCCGUAUGUGAGCUGCUUUCAGGUUAAGGUUACGGGUGGGGGGAGUGCGAACCCGACGGGUGUUAGCUUCCCUGGUGCUUACAAGAUCACUGAUCCGCUGUUCACGAAGGCUAUUUACGACUCUUCGUUCAAGUAUGUCAGCCCUGGUCCGGCUGUGUACUCUGGUUAG